UGAUAUGCACCAGCAGAUGAGCAAGCAUAAACAAUACUGUGUAUGGAAAAGUUGACAGUUCGGGAGAGGCUUUGAUAUUCUCUUUCAUCCACGCAGUCAAUUCUUCGGAAAGUGGCAUGGAAUGCGCAUAGCAAUCAGUCGGGGUUCUUGCAAGAGCCACACACACUGUAACCACUAAAGCGAAAGUCAGCUUGCGAACGAGGAGCGCUGUACAGCUACAGUGGAGAACGCGGUCCUCCAAAGGGAGUACCGGUAGAUCUGUGUGAGAGAAGCUGUAAACUGUUCGAGAAUUGUGGUCUGAGGUUUUGAAGGUCGACAGUUGUUGAUGGAGGCAGAUCUCUUGAAUUUAGUUCGUGCUAGCGACAUUGUGAUUUGGGCUUUUUGACAAUCCCAGUCACAGAUGGCGCUUGCACCGAGCGAAGCAGGAGGGGAGGGAGUGAAAGGAGGAGGUUGUGGAGAAGGGGGAGGAGAAAUUCGACGGAUCUGGUGCAGGAUUCCCAGGAGUUAACAGUGGGUUUUGUUGGACCCGUGCAUUGGAGUGGAGAGUGAUUGAAGGACUCUUGAGGACUGAAGCAGAAGCCGUAGGAGCUUUGGUUAAGAGGAAGGCGGGGUUCUUAAGGAAAUGCAGUCGGCACAGGAGGCUAGAGAGGCCAGGCGCCGAAAGAUUUUGGCUCGGGGCGCGGAUCGUUUGGCCUACAUAACAGGGGAGCUGCCUGCUAUCUCCACCCCGUCGCCCACCACAUCAUCUUCUUCGUCCUUUGCUGCGGCUGAGGCCCCCACCUCCUCUGUACGAUCAGGAGAUGCAGCUCUAAUUCGUCUUGUCGAUUCUGGCUCAUCUGUUCCGCGAGACGGUGAUGCUUCAAGCGAUCUCGAAUAUGAUAUCAAAUCCAGCACAAGAGUUCUCAAAGACGUUCGUGAGCAGCUCGCAGCACUCGAGCUACAGGAUCGCGAACCUGGACAAAAAGUGAAAUUAGUACCAGUAUCACAGCUUACAAUCUCUAAACCCAGCGAAAGCGCUUCUCUAACCCUCGCGGAUCAUAAUCAUGAUGCGAAGGGAUCUGAAGUUCGUGUACGAGUUGCUGUGAAGAAAUCACUGCUGAGUUGGGAGGGAAUUGGUCGUUCCAUUAGUGCUACGGAAAAUGUUCGUGCAUUGUGGGCACUUGGUCUGGCUCUUCUUUUAAUCGCACAGAGCUUCUUAUCCUGUAAUGACGAUCUAGGGAGCUUUUUGAGCAGCUGGACUCCACCUUGGCCAGUAGCUUUAGUCGUUGUCACAGAUAUUUCUCUGGUAUUCGGAGCACUGCUUUUGGGAUAUGUAAAAUCUUCACGUCCUGAUGGAGACGCAGACAAUGACAUAGGUGUCAACCAGGAGAAGAUGAUGCAGGCUUUGAAUAUGGCAACCAGGCUGGAGUUUGUUUUGCAGGUAGGGCAUAUUUCCUUGAAGAGCCUCCAGGCUUUGUUCGUGGAUUGUAGCAUUUAUAUAGUUGUCCUCGUCAGUGGUGUUUCUCUAGCGCAGAUAUGGCGACCCAGUUUUUGUUCACUGGUCAACUUGUGACUGAUUCAGUGUCUUCGAACUUUUUUGGGAUAUCUACCUUCGCUUUUUUUUUGCCUGAGCACAGCAUCUUGAAGAGGCAUUAUCGACAGCAAGCUGGAUAUCUUUCACCUUAUUGGUAAUCGAAACGUUGUAAGUAAAUUCAGAAUUGGUACACUUACCACUAUUAAUUUGCGAUAGAAAAGCUCUUAUAUGACGAAGUAAAGAGAGUAAAUCUCAUCAGGUAUGACCGGAGAGUAUACUCACUGUCUGCACGUUUGAAUGUCAACUUUAUUAAAGUAUGUGAUGCCUGGUUUGGGCAUCGAAACUGCUUUGCCGCG